AGUUUGGGCUGAAUGACGGAAGCGGGUUAAUCGCAUUUUUGCGGCGGGUUCUUUGUAAAAGUUGGAUGUUAGGCAGAAAAUUAAGUGCUAAACGUUUUUCGAUAACAUAAUCUGUAGCAAGAUAAUACGGAAGAACCUUUGGAAGUUCCGAAAUACGAAGACCAAUAAACAAAUGCUCUUUACUCUUUGUAAGCAGCCAAACAAAUAGCAGCAGACGGGCAAAGUUCAGAGCGCCAUAUGGGAACUUUGUCACUGAGCGACGUGAUACGAGGAUGUGCGCAUCUGGGCACCCUGGGGUCACAUUGCGGGUCGCUGGUACGGCAACCGAUCGGAACGCCCCAUUCUGGCCAUUCACGGCUGGCUGGACAAUCUGGGCACCUUUGAUACACUAAUACCCUUGCUGCCCGACUACCUGGGCGUGCUCUGCAUUGAUCUACCCGGACAUGGUUGCUCCACACGGCUGCCAGCGGGCAUGCACUACAGCACAGCAGAGUUCAUGCUUAUCAUCGCACGGGUCAUGAAGGAAUACAAGUGGCCAAAGGUCUCGUUGAUGGGCCACUCGCUCGGCGGUGUCUUGAGCUACAUUUACACUGCACUCGCACCACACACCGUCGAUCUAGUCAUCUCAUUGGACAUUCUUUUACCCCCCUUGGAGUCACCUGAGGGUUUAGAGCUUUUAGCUUACUCUUUGGAUAAGCACCUGGUGGAGGAUGAGCGUGCUGAAGAGGCUUUUAUGCGUGAGCCGCCUUCGUACACGCUAGCCCAACUGCGCAGUGUUCUGAGCAAGGGGAGCAACAACUCAGUGCCGCCAGAAUUUGCCCAGUAUUUGCUGCACCGAAGCGUCACAAAGUCGCAGCUGUAUCCGGAGAAGUUCUACUUUUCAAGGGAUGGCCGCACCAAGUACUACAAUGUAUUGCCGGUCAACUCCGCUCUCGCCGCUGAAAUGGCGCGACGCAUCAAGAAUAAGCCCUAUCUCAUCAUAAAAGGAUCCAAGUCCCACUUCAUUAACGCCAAAUCGAACGAGGCUAUCAACAUUUUGAGAAAGCAAAAUCCCCACUUUGAGUACUACGAACUACCUGGCACUCAUCAUGUGCAUCUAAUCAGCCCCGAACUAUGUGCCCAGUACAUAGUUCCCUUCCUGAGACAUCAUCGCCCGCCCACAGUGUCCAGCUGGUCGUUAGCUGGGGAGGAGCAGAAGCUUAGCACACGGGAGCAUCGCAAGGCACAGGAGAACUUCUUUGCGAGGAAUCUAAAGCGUCUCAGUAAGCUUUAAAAGCGUAAGGGUGAAUAGUAUCGUAAAUCUAUUUGUUAAAAAUAGUUGACCCGGUUGACUGAACCUUUCUUUUGGGUCGAAAGUGGGCACUAAAAAAAGGUGCUAAUAAUUCGAACCGGAAAGGAAACGGUUGGCCAAACUUUGUAUAAAAAACUUGAGAAACAUAGCCAUAUAACUGAGCUGUGCAAACGUGACAACAGGAGCCUGCGAAGUUUGGGGCGUCGAACUAAUAAUCGAGAGGUCGCUGGUUUAAAAUUCUAAUUCUCAACUAUUGUAUUUGUUUAUUUAAUUUGUUAUUAUUAUCACAAAGCAAAUGAUAAUAAAAAUAAAAUAAAAUUAAAAAACAACAAAGAUAUGCAA